UUUAAGCGACGCGACGCGAUUUCCCCUACCAACCCCCUUACAUAUAUUAUCCAAAAUGCCACCUUUACGCACUCCUUUACGCUCCAUCUCUGGAAAUCGCCCUAAGGGGUCAGAGAUCUCUCCUUAUAUACGUGGUCAAGUUAUAGGGGAGGCUUCAGAGGGUACAGAUCCUACCUCGAUUGCAAAGGACCUAAAAUUAACUCGCAGCACCGUUAAUUACACACUUUAGCAAGACGAAUUACGCAACGACGGGCACUCCCUACCACGAAAGCCUCGCAAGAAAUCAUAUACCGAUACCGAUAAACGUCGAAUCCUCCGUUACGUUCGCCUGAACCCAAAGGACACAUACUAACAGGUCAUUGAUUAAUUAGAGCUGGGUUAUAGGCGUGAAACCAUUAAGAAGAUCCUCAAGAGGCAUGGCAUAUGUAAUUGGAGAGCAAAGAGACGCCCGGAGCUUAUAGAAGCU